ACACAAACAAUCAUCCCAUUUCCAUCUCUCUUACCAUUACAAAUACCCCCUGGAUCUCUUACACAAACAAUCAUCCCAUUACUCUCUCCCUCUCAUCAUGGCCUAUCAUGGGGAUUCAACCUAUAAGCUCCUCUUAGCGUUACUUCUGGUAUUUGCUUAUGCCAGACCAACACAUGGCCAGGGCACGAAAGUGGAUUUCUACUCAUCAUCGUGCUCUCGUGUCGAGUCGAUUGUUCGAUCCGCUGUCGAGUCUCACUUCAAAUCAGACCCAUCAGUGGCUCCUGCUUUGCUGAGAAUGCACUUCCAUGACUGCUUUGUUCAGGGCUGCGAUGCCUCUGUUCUCAUCAAUGGUCCUUCAGCUGAGAGAAACGCACUGCCGAAUCUCUCUCUAAGAGGAUUCGAAGUGAUUGAUGACGCCAAGGCUCAGCUUGAGGCUGCAUGUCCUGGUGUUGUUUCUUGCGCAGACAUUCUAGCUCUUGCCGCUCGUGAUUCCGUUGUUUUGACGAAGGGUUUGAGCUGGUCGGUGCCCCUGGGAAGGAGAGAUGGGUUGGUAUCCGCGGCUUCCGACGCAUCAAAUUUGCCAGGAUUCACAGACUCAGUGGAUGUGCAGAAACAAAAAUUCGCCGAAAAAGGCCUAAGCACACAAGACUUAGUCACUCUCGUUGGGGGUCACACAAUCGGCACGGCAGAGUGUCAAUUUUUCCGAUACCGCCUCUACAACUUCACAAACACCGGCAAUGGAGCCGACCCAACCAUAAGCUCUUCCUUCCUCUCUCAACUGCAAACCCUGUGUCCAUCCGACGGAGACGGUACCCGAAGAGUGGCUCUAGACACUGGGAGUCAAAACACAUUCGAUGUGUCGUACUUCACUAACCUAAGGAACGGUCGGGGAAUAUUGGAAUCCGAUCAAAGAUUGUUCACAGACGAUUCCACUCGUACUUUCGUAAAUAAUUAUGCCGGAAUACUGAGAGGAGUGCUCGGACUGCGGUUUGGCGUAGAGUUUGGGCACUCCAUGGUUAAGAUGAGCAACAUUGGUGUCCUAACUGGAACAGAGGGGGACAUACGCAAGGUGUGCUCUUCGUUCAAUUAGGGAGGGGUGAAUUAGGGCCGUUGGAUAAGGGUUUGGAGGGUGGCGAUUAUGCCUCGAGUGGUGGCUAGUAAGAUUGUAUUAUUUAAUAUCAUAGGAUAAGGUUGGUGUGUCCUAUGUGAAGAAUUAUUGGCGGGUUUUGCUACUUCCCUUGCAAACAAAAAGGGGGCGGCCAGCCAGAGGGUGUCGUAUGAUUUGUGGUCUCUUCCAUGAAUAGAUAAUGUUGUGUCCUUAUUAGCUAAGAAGAUUGUAUGGUAAAUCUACAAUUGAUUGCCUUCAAUUAGUAAAAUGCAAACUUUCGAGUUCGAUGUUGUCCCCUAA